AUUAAGAAGAUGCGCAAUGUAAGAUCCGCAUGAUCCAUAAACGUCCGAGGAAACCUUCUGAAAAAUAUAUAUCAGUGAAGAGAAAUACUUUGAAGUCUAGCUUGUAAGAGAAUCCCCAAGGUAAAUACAGCAUGCAGAUGGUCUGGAGUGCAAUCUUUCCGCACUCGCUCCGUGUUUUGCUGUUUGUUGGCAUCACUCUGCUGUUCAUUGCUCAACUCGUACCAAUAUGCAACGGACAGAUCAAAAUAUGCAACGGCAAUACCAAUACAAGCACCAAAUUCCGGAGUAAUUUGAACAUCGUUCUUAAUAAUCUUGUAGAUAAUACAUCGUCGUCAAAUGGUUUCAAUAUCUCUACUUCCGGCCAAGGUGCAGACAAAGCUUCGGGACUCCUCCAAUGUCUGGGAGACGUAAGCAGAGAAGAAUGCCUCAACUGUUCACGAGAAGCAAAUACCACCGUCCGCAACUCUUGUAAAGAUGCCAUAGGCGCUAGAGUUUGGCUGGACAACUGCUACAUACGCUAUGAGAAUUAUCCUUUCGGCGGACAACUAAGUAUCGACGGUCAGGUUGAUCCCGGUACAGCCAAGGCCCUAGGUGAUCCUAAUUUGUUUAGUGCGGCAGUUAAGGCACUUUUACAAAAUCUGUCAGCUGAAGCCCUUCGUUCGCCUGGUCGAUAUUCUUCUGGACAAACAAAUGCUUCUGUGACUUACCAAACAUUCGGUUUCGUCCAGUGCUGGAAAGAUGUGACUAAUGUUAGCGACUGCAACUCAUGCUUAUCAACUGCAAUUAAGAAAGUGCUGGAUGCGACUGAGAAUGGAACUCGUCUUGGAGCUGUCGCCGGCUUGGGAAGUUGCAUGGCACGUUUUAGCUCAGUCUUAUUGCCUCCUACACCAAAAAAAUCUUCGAAUAAACUGGUUAUUGUUUUGGGUAUUCUCGGCGGCUUGUUGGUGGUGCUACUGUUAUGUCUGUUUGCGUUCCGAAGAAAAUUGAAGUCUGUAAUAUUAGGGAAGCCAGAAAUCGUGAGGAGAGAUGCAGAUAUGGAUUCGGUGUUCAGCCAGGAGCCUGAAUUGGUGUUUACCUUGGAGAAUAUCAAGGUUGCAACUAGAAAUUUCGAUGAAAAUAAUAAACUCGGUGAGGGAGGAUUUGGCUCUGUAUACAAGGGUACAAUGCCGGAUGGAAAACAAAUAGCAGUAAAGAAGCUCUCCUUAAAAUCUUCGCAAGGAAAAGUGGAGUUUCUAAAUGAAGUCAAGCUGGUGGCCAAAAUUCAGCAUCGUAAUCUUGUGAAUCUUCUUGGAUGUUGCGCAGAGGGAUCAGAACGCCUGCUUGUUUAUGAGUUUUUAGUUAACACAAGCCUUGACAAAAUACUAUUUCAUCCAGAGCGGAAAAAGGUACUUGACUGGAACAGGCGUUUGAACAUCAUAUGUGGAGUAGGGCGUGGCCUCCUAUACCUGCAUGAAGAUUCUCAGCUGAAGAUCAUUCAUCGAGACAUUAAGGGAAGCAACAUUUUGCUUAAUGAGAAGUUGGAACCAAAGAUAUCAGAUUUUGGCUUAGCAAGACUGGUUGGUCAAGAUGAGACUUUUGUCAACACAAAGGUUGCAGGAACAUAUGGUUAUAUGGCACCAGAGUACGCUAUGCUAGGGCAUUUAUCUGCUAAAGCUGAUAUCUAUAGUUUUGGCAUUGUCAUUUUAGAAAUUAUAUGUGGAAGAAAGAACACUGAUGUUAAAUUGUUCCCUGAAUUUCAAAGCCAAUUAGAUAGGGUAUGGAGAUAUUAUAGCAAAGGAAAUAUUAUUGAUAUAAUUGACAAGGAUAUAGUUGAGAGUAUUACUAGUGAACAAGUUUCAAGAUACAUUCACAUUGGUCUUCUAUGUACACAAGAAGAUGCAUCACUUCGUCCACCCAUGAUUAGUGUAUAUGCAAUGCUUUCAAAUCCUUCUAUAACCGACUUGCCAGAAAUCACAAAGCCUGCUUAUCUAAAAGUUGCACAUAAAGAUGUUCUAAAACAUACGCAUAACCCAACAUCUCCCACAAGUGAAACUUCUGUUCUUCUCUCAACCUCAUUUGAUUUAUCUAUUAAUCCGUCAGUCUAUCCAUCUAUCAAUGAUGAAUCAAUAACGGAUUUGGGCCCUAGAUAAUGCUUCUUACACUUCUACUUUAUUGCAAGGACUACAAGGUAGCCAAAAGCUGUAUAAUUGGUUUGCACAUCUACUAUGUUUGAAACCAAUAAAAGUAUUUAAUGUUAAUAUAUUUGUAAAUUAAUGGAUGUUUGUGAGGAUUAACAUUGUGAACCAUGCCAAUCUGCAAUUCAUAAAAAAGUUGAGAUUUUUUAAUUCA